AUGAACGGUUACAGGCCAACCUCCAGCGGACUGGCUUCUCAGAAUGGCGCUGCCAGUCCUACACCGCGGGCCAUGCCGCAUAUCAAUGAUCUCAAGGCCCGCGCCGAGGACAGGCUGCGAAGCGCCCCGCUGACAGUUGAUCGCAUGCUCGAAAUGGCCGAGCAGUCCACCAUGCAAAUAGACUCCCUUCUUGACUUUCGUCGCCCGGACCUGGCAUACCUCGAGUACAUCGUCGCCUCCGAGCUCGUCUUCAACCGCAUUCCCACUUCGCGCGAUGCCCCGCUGGUGCGAGAAGAUAGAGGUACGAGAUACCAGAGGCACAAAGGUCUUGUGAAGUAUUUGUCGGAUAGAGCAGACCGCUUGGCGAACAUCAAGGAGAUCAUAAUCAACGACAACAAGCGGAGCGGAGUUCAGCCUGCUAGCCAUACCAAUGGAUCCGCCGAAACGCAUGCGCGCCAUGCCAGCGUCCCUUCUACGUCCAAUCCCCCCGAACCGAGCGCAAUCCCGAACCCCCGAUUCUCCAUGCGCGACGAGCUUUUCCUUGAAACCGGCACAAGCACCUCUGGCUAUUCUCCUCGGGGCUCUAUCGACACCGGCUCAGAAGGCCUCUCAGGGCGUUCCACGCCCCUCAGCUCUGUCGAGUCUCCUCGGACUCCUAGGAGUUUGAUCGGCGCCGAAAAGCUCUUUGAUUACUUGAAACCUUACAAUGUGUUGGUCAUUGACGUUCGGAAUAGAGAAGACUACGACGACGGCCAUAUUUACGUUAAUUCCAUAAUGUGUAUCGAGCCCACAGCGCUAAGACCCAACAUGUCUGCCGAUCAACUUCAAGAAGCUCUCGUUCUUUCUCCGGAUAUCGAGCAGGAGAUGUUCGACCGCCGGAACGAAUUCGAUCUGGUUGUCUAUUACGAUCAAUCAACACCAUCCGCGGAUUUUCUCACCAAGUCCCCCCGAACGCCGCAGGAAUCCGUACUGAAGUACCUUUACGAUGCGCUUUACGAGUUCAAUGCGGACAAGCCCCUUCAGCGGCCACCAAUUCUGUUGAUGGGUGGUCUUGAUGCAUGCUGCAAUUGGUCCACAGUCGAUGACAUCGGCUGGACCGAGACUACCAGCACAAGCACCUCCAUCCCGACCACCCUCACGCCCACCUCCGACACAGCCCGAAUAUCCUGGGACAGCCAUGCCAUCGAUACCUUCAAGACCGCCGCCUGCGGCGGCUCGCGUCAACUACAGCGAACUGGCCUGAUCAACUUUGGAGUCACAUGCUACAUGAACGCCACCAUUCAAUGCUUGAAUGCGACGCUUCCUUUGACAAGAAUCUACAGGGAUGGCAGCUUUGUGAAGUACAUACAGAAGUCGAACUGGCGUGGCUCAGGAGGCAUCAUGUCUGAAAACUACGCCACCCUUAUCCAGAACUUGUGGGUGGAGGGCGGCGGACCCUGCCGCCCGAAAACGUUGAGGGAACUAUGCGCUCGCAUGAACCGCGAGUGGGGCCUUGACCGUCAGCAAGAUGCCAAAGAAUUCUUCGACUUCCUGGUCGACAUUCUCCACGAGGACAUGAACGUCAAUUGGUCGCAUCCACCAGCACAAGCAUUGACCGACAAAGAGGAAGCCCGACGGGAGAGCCUACCCAAAUCCUACGUGGCACGCAUCGAAUGGAUGCGCUGGUCCAUGCGCGAGCGGUCGAUCAUCAGCGAGCUCUUCGGCGGCCAGCACAUGUCGCGCCUGCGCUGCACUACCUGCGGCUUCACAUCGACCACCUUCGAGACCUUCUACAGCAUCAGCGUCGAGAUCCCGCGCGACCGCCCCGCCGACAUCCGCGACUGCCUGCGCUCCUACUGCUCCGAAGAACGCCUCGCCGGCGACGAGGUGUGGCGCUGCCCGCGCUGCAAGAAAGAGCGCGAGGCCAGCAAGAAGAUCACCAUCACCCGCGCGCCCCACUACCUCGUCAUCCACUUCAAGCGCUUCUCGGCCUCCCACACCGAGCGCGCCCGCAAGGUCCGCACGCCCAUCGAGUUCCCCCUCAACAACCUCGACCUCGCCCCCUUCAUGCUGCCGCCCAUCACGCCCGACGAGGAGACGGGCCUGCUCCAGCAGCGGCCCUCGGACGGCGCCGAGCAGCUCCGCGCCAUCAAGUCGGACGAGCGCAUGAUGCCGCCGUACAAGUACAACGCGUACGCCGUCAUGCGCCACCUCGGCGCGACGCUGACGAGCGGCCAUUACGUGGCGAUGCUGAAGGAUGCCGCGAGGGGCUGCUGGUGGCAGUUCAACGACCACCGUGUCACCGAGUUCCAGCCUGAGGCGCUGAGGGGCGAUGAGAGGUUGCAGAAUGAGCAGGCUUACAUCGUGUUUUAUGAACGGGAGAGGUUGUUUGGGCGGUGA